UCUUACUGUCCCGACCUGCUGCUCCCCCGCCUCCUCCCCUUCCUCCUCUUCCUCCUCAGCCUUGGUGCAGGUUCCUGUUGGGUAAGCCAAGGGUCCGAGUGUCCCACACUUCCCCAGAGAAGGUUCUAGGGGCCCCUAGGGCGUCCUAAUUCAGGACUUGAGUUUCCUGCAGAAGAGAAGUAAGACACAGAGCGUGCCUGGGCCCCCACUCUGGCUCGGGCCCUCUCCACGUGCUCGGGGCCCCUCCCAGGCCAGCACUAAGCAGUGUCAUGAGUCUGGGCUGGGUGGGAGAUUAAUUCUUGGAGGCACAGCAGGGCCAAGAAGGGGGAGGAAUGACAGGUCCAAGGCCACCAGCCGAGAGGGGCAGCUGCCGUCCCUGACAGCUCCCUCCUGGGAGACCACGACACAGGUGGCCACUUACCCAAGCUGAGACAGCCCCAGAGGAGCCUGGGCAGAUCUGGCCUCUGCAAAGCCCUGGCCGCAGGCAGCUGGGCUUUGGCUGACCUGGCUCAGGACUCCAGGCUCAGGGCUCCUCCUCCCCAGCCCUCCCUCCACCCCCCUUGUACAUAUGCUUAAUACUCCUGGCGCCCGAGGCCACCCACUUGGAUUUGGGCCUUAGCUGGAGCUAGCGUGGGAGCCUGGGAAGCCAGGAGCAAAGUCUCUUAAAAGCAAAACAAGAAGCUUCAGGCUUUGUAGGACCUGCGAGCUUUCCCCAGAGGAGGCCGUUUUGGAUCCUGCCAUGUGGCUGCUCCUGCUGCUGGGUGCCUUGCUCUGGGCAGGGCUGUGGCUGCUCAGGGACCGGCAGAGCCUGCCCAGCAGUGACACCUUCAUCUUCAUCACCGGCUGUGACUCAGGCUUCGGGCGCCUUCUGGCACUGCGACUGGACCAGAGGGGCUUCCGGGUCCUGGCCGGCUGCCUCACUCCCUCUGGGGCAGAGAACCUACAGCAGGUGGCCUCCUCCCGCCUCCACACCACGCUGCUGGAUGUCACUGACCCCCAGAGUGUGCAGCGGGCAGCCACGUGGGUGAAGUCACAUGUUAAGGAAGCAGGGCUCUUUGGGCUGGUGAAUAACGCUGGCGUGGCCGGGAUCAUCGGGCCCACACCAUGGCUGACACGAGACGACUUCCACCGCGUGCUGAGUGUGAACACGUUGGGUCCCAUCGGGGUCACUCUUGCCCUGCUGCCCCUGCUGCAGCAGGCCCGGGGCCGGGUGGUGAACGUCAGCAGCGUCCUGGGCCGCCUGGCAGCCAACGGUGGGGGCUACUGUGUCUCCAAGUUUGGCCUGGAGGCCUUCUCUGACAGCCUGAGGCGGGACGUGGCUCCUUUUGGGGUCCGAGUCUCCAUCGUGGAGCCUGGCUUCUUCCGAACCCCUGUGACCAACCUGGAGAGCCUGGACAGCGGCCUGCAGGCCUGCUGGGCACGGCUGCCCGCAGCCACACAGGCCCAGUACGGGGAGACCUUCCUCACCAAGUAUCUGACAGUGCAGCGGCGCAUCAUGAACCUGAUCUGUGACCCGGACCUCACCAAGGUGAGCAAGUGCCUGGAGCACGCCCUGACUGCUCGUCACCCUCGAACCCGCUACAGCCCGGGCUGGGACGCCAAGCUGCUCUGGCUGCCGGCCUCCUACCUGCCGGCCAGCCUGGUGGACGCCAUGCUCACCUGGGUCCUUCCAAAGCCUGCCCAGACUGUCUACUGAAUCGGCCUCCCAGAGACUGUUUUCCAAGAGCAAGGACUCUGACUUGUUUCUGCCGUCAUUCUGGUACCAUCUGGUGCCUGGCGCAAAGCAGGCACUCAAUAAAUGUGUACUGUCUCAA